AUGGAAGCACAGAGCAAAAGGCUGAAGGAAAAUGACGAAAUGGAUGGUAAAAUUUCUAAAGCUGUUUGUGGUAUGUCUGAUGUUAAUGAUGAUAAAUGUGAUGAUGUUAGUAUUAUUAGUAUGUCCUCUAGUCAGUUUAGUACCUUUAGAUUGAAGUUAGAUAAAGCAUUACUGAGGAAAAGGAAUUUAGAAAAGAAACUUGAAUUAGAACGGCAACUUAAGAUGUUAGAUCUCCAAGAAAAGGUUGAUAUCGCUGAAUUAGAAUACAAGGCCAUCGAGGACGAUGAACGAUUACCCGUGGAUAAAUGUGGGAUAAAUGCUAAAGUGGAAAAUUAUUUGGAUUAUGGUACUGGGUGUAAUAAUCACUCAGGGGAGGUAUGUAACAUCUCAAAGGUCGAUUGGGUUGGGGAACUGAAGGACACGUUACAUACAAUGGUUAGUAACAUGGUUUUACCUAAGAUCGAUAUGAUGUAUUUUGAUGGGCAACCGGGUCAGUAUUACCGUUUUGUUAGUCAGUUUAAUAGCCUUAUAGAGAGUAAACUGUCAGAUAAGAGCCAAUUGUUAUCGUAUUUGUUGUAUUAUUGCAAGGGAAAGGCUAGAACAGCAAUUGAAUCUUGCGUUUCUUUGCCCAGUCAUUUGGGCUAUGAUAAGGCUAAACGGAUUUUGUAUGAUUUAUUUAGUAAAGAACAUCUUGUUGCACGAGAACUAAUUACUGAGUUAUUAAACCAUAAAUUUGUCGGAGGAUCGGCUGACGUAUUAACUGACUUUGCGAUUAAGUUGCAUAAUGUAUGUAUAACGUUGAAGGAAAUGGGAUACAUGUCUGACGUUAAUUUUACGGCUAAUUUCGAGGUAAUAGUUUCAUGCUUACCAUUAGAAUUGCAGAAUAAGUGGGUGGAAGUCGCCGAUAAGAUCAUGAUGCAUGGGGAGGAGCCGAGCUUUGAAGAAUAUGUGGUCUUUGUAGAAGAGGGCCAGAACUGCCCGAACCCGUUAUGGUAG